AUGGAGAUCUCUCAAUAUGAUGGGAAGACUGACUUCAGGAGUUGGAAGAAAAAGAUGAAAGUGCUACUCUCUCAUAACAAGGUGGCUCUCGUACUGGAAAACGACCUCAAGAAGUGGUCGGAAGAGAAAUUAAAGAAGAAGAAGGAAAUUGACGAAGAAGCUUACAACUUGAUAGUAAUGAACUUGUCUGAGAGUGUUCUCAGAAAGGUAGACGAAAUCGAAACACCACUUGCGUUAUGGGAUAGUUCUAAAAGCAUAGAAGAAAAUCUAUAUGAGUUCCUAAAAAUGACUCUGAUCUUGAAAGGGAAAGAUCAAGAAUGCUUUACACCAGCAAAAGCGGACCAAUAUGACUGCGUGGACAUAUACAAACAGCCUGCUUUUAAUCAUGUGUUAUUAAAGAAUCAUAAGAUUCAGAUGAAUCCAAGUUCCUUUCCUGAAUUUAAGAGCAAUAGCCAAAUACCAUUAUCCACACAUUCAAUGUUUGGAGGGCAAAGUAAAGGUUGUCCAGCUGGAAAGGUUCCAAUCCAAAGAAACAAAGUUGAUUACGAGCAGACUGAUUUAAGAUCGCUCUCUAAAUUACAUCUCGGACUAUUUGGGAAAAAUAAUAUACACCCGCUUACAAGUACAGAACUUGGCGCUCAUUAUGCAACGGUUCAAAGUACUAAGUCGAAUCCAAAUUACUUAUACACUGGAGCAAGCACAAUAAUAGACUUGCAAAAUCCAGAGGUAAAAAUGUUACAAAUUAGCAAGGCUCAAAUGUGGCUAGAAGAUGGACCACCAGCUGAACGUAACAGUAUACAAGUUGGAUGGGCAGUGCAUCCACGUAUAUAUGGUGACAAUCAGACACGAGUAACUGCAUAUUGGACAGCAGAUGCUUCAAAAAAUACUGGUUGUUACAAUACCAUGUGCCCAGGAUUUGUACAAGUACAUCCUAUCUACCAUCUUGGUCAACGUUAUCCUAAAAUAUCUAUUAGGGAUGGAAUACAAUAUAUAACUCAGCCUUUUGUAUUCAAGGAUAAAGCAACAGGUAAUUGGUGGUUAUCAUUUGAUAACAAUGUAACAAUCGGAUAUUGGCCAAAGGAGAUUUUUACUCACUUAGAUAAGGGAGCUUCAUUUCUUCAAUUUGGUGGAUGGACGUAUAAUUCUCCUGAUGGUUUGAGUCCACCAAUGGGGAGCAGCUUAUUUCCAGACAACCAUUACAAGAGAUCAUGCUUCUUUGCACAAUUGAAAGUUAUGGUUGGAGGUGGUCAAUUGAUUGAUAUGCAAGAAGCUGAUCUGGAUAUAUUUGUUGAUAAUACAGCUUGUUAUGAUGUCAAAACAUUUGGUUAUCAAGGUGGCGAACUUGGGGAGACGUUUACCUUUGGAGGACCUGGUGGUAAUUGUGGAAACUGA